CUUUUAGCUCCUGUUGGCUUUUUGCGCAACAACAAAUACUGUACUGACAGCUUUUCUUAAAGUACCAGUCCCUUCAAAUGUUAAUUUGACAAACAUGUAUGGUUAAAUAUCACUUUUGUAGUCGUUGUGUCAACUACUUGUGAACAAGUGUGCAGGCUGGCGUCAUAAAUGACGUUGCAAAUCGUUCCAAAUUGGCAACGGUUAGUUUGACAUGCUUACCACGAACGAGACAGGCUGAGUCAUGGUCACACUUCAGCAUGUGAAUUGAAACCGCUUCUUGUGUCUCAUCUCUGUCGGCACGCCGGCAUCUUUGCGCCAGUGACCAUGAACCACGAAGAUGAGUUUGUUGCCGUGCGAGUUCAAGAUCCCCGCGUGCAGAACGAAGGCUUGUGGAAUUCGUACGUGGAUUACAAGAUCUUCCUCCAUACAAACAGUAAGGCGUUCACCGCCAAGACGUCAUGCGUGCGGCGGCGCUACAGCGAGUUUGCAUGGCUGAAGAAGAAGCUGCAGAAGAACGCCGGCUUGGUGCCCGUUCCAGACCUUCCUGGAAAGUCCUUCUUCUCCUUCAGCAACGAGGAUUUCUUGGAGCGGAGGCGUCAAGGACUUCAAGUAUUUCUGGACAAGGUGGUGAACAUGACUGUGUGUCUGUCAGACAGCCAGCUUCACCUGUUCCUGCAGACGCAGCUGCCCGUGGGCCACAUUUUGGACUGCGUGCAAGGCCACACCCCCUACUCGGUGACGGACGCCAUCCUGACUUACGCCUCAUCCAAUCGGGGCUGGGCUCAGGCUCAGGAGGAGGACGCCGUCAUCAAGGAGCCCAGUCUCAAUGUGUCAUACGAGUCCAUGGAGAGCCCGGCUCCUCAUCACCCUCGCCCUCACAACAAAGACAUCAGUAGCCUGGUGCUCUCCUCAUGCAUCGACGACGACAUAAACGAACCGUGCGACACGACCGCCCGGGCCGAAACCACGCCGGCCAUUUUCUACCUGGGAGACGGCCUGGACGAGCGGACGCCGCCUGAAGACGCCACGCACGGGAGCAGUCGCAUGGAGACGCCAGUGGAGGUCCACUCUCCUGGCAUUGAGGAGAAAGCACAGGUGGUGGUCCUGGUUAGUAGUUCAGAGGUAGAGAAAGAACUGGUGGCUGAGAUGGUCGGCCUAAGGCAGGGAGUGGUAAGCAAUGAGGACGCCGCCCAGCUCUCGUCAUCCAACGAGAGCAUUGUACAAGUCAGCGAUGACGAAGACGUGGUCAACCCAAACUGUUUGGCACCAAACGGCUUCCCCAAGAUGUCUCCUGAGGAUGACAGCCGCUGGCCGCGUGUGUCCGGCGGAACCGCUGCGGACCUCCAAGUGAACGGGAGCUCUGACCGUGAGCUGAGUAACUCUUUGGACAUCAAUUUUGCAGAGAACGACUUCAGCGUGUUGGAGAGCAGCUCCGCUCCCGAGUUAGCCGGCGGAAAACACUCACCGUUGACAGACUGAAGACAAUGUUUGGUUUUUAAAGGAUAGUUUGGUUUUUUUUUUAACUGAAACAUUUACUUGAAUGCUUAAUGGCAGGCUCCUCUGUUUUGCCCACCCUUGAAAAUAUUCUUACUGUCUAUAGUUGCCACAAGAUCUGAAUUUGAAUUGAAUCUCCUCCUUUCAUGUCAACAUUCCAUGACACCAAAGCAAUACUUUGGUGACAUAACAACCCCCCCCCCUCCCCCGGCUAAUCUGCUAAUAAGGUAAUCGUGAAUAUGUAAGAGGAAAUCUAUAUCACUUUUUUGGAGGUUAAACUCUGAUUUUUUUUUUUCGAGACAGUGUGAAAGAAGUUGUACAUUUUUUGUGACUUCUCAUGUAGAAAAAACUGAGUAAAAUAUUUUUUCAAAACUAUACUUGUUGAGAAAUUCUUUGACCAUCAAUUUUGCAACAAAAAACAGACUGCAGAGAAUCUGUUGUUAUUCAUCUUUUUUUUUUAAUCUAAUUUAAAUAUUUAAAAUCCACUUGAGGGCGGCCUGGUGGUGGACUGGUGAGCGCGUCGGCCUCCCAGUGCUCCGGCCUUCCUGUGUGGAGUCCUGUGUGGAGUUUGCAUGUGUGUGUGUGUGGUUGAUUAUUUGAA